CCGGAAGUAGAGAGGGCAGGGUGCGGCGGUAGCUGAGAGAAGAGGCUGGUCUGGUCCUUUCUUUGUAAGAUGGCUUCGCUGCUACAGUCUGAGCGUGUCUUGUACUUGGUGCGCGGCGAAAAGGACAUCCGAAUGCCGCUCUCGCAACUCUACUUCUGCCGUUACUGCAGCGAGCUGCGGUCCCUCGAGUGCGUCUCUCAUGAGGUGGAUUCUCACUACUGCCCCAGUUGCUUGGAAAAUAUGCCAUCAGCUGAAGCCAAGUUGAAGAAGAAUAGGUGUGCUAACUGUUUUGAUUGCCCAUGCUGUAUGCACACACUCUCUACACGAGCAACAAGCAUCCCUGCUCCUCUCCCUGAUGAUCCAGCAAAGACUACAAUGAAGAAGGCUUACUAUCUGGCUUGUGGCUUUUGCCGCUGGACUUCAAGAGAUGUUGGCAUGGCAGAUAAAUCAGUUGCCAGUGGAGGUUGGCAGGAGCCAGAGAAUCCUCAUACUCAAAAGAUAAACAAGCUGGUUGAGUAUUAUCAACAGUUGGCUCAGAAAGAGAAGAUGGAAAGGGAUCGUAAAAAACUAGUUCGACGUCGACCCUACAUGCCACUGGCUUUUUCGCAACACACUAUACAUGUAGUGGAUAAAUAUGGCCUUGGAACCAGGCUCCAGCGUCAGAGACCUGGAGCGCCCAUCAGUGCCCUUACUGGACUAUCGCUGAAAGAAGGAGAAGACCAGAAAGAGAUAAAAAUUGAACCUGCUCAGGCUGUGGAGGAAGUGGAACCUCUGCCUGAAGAUUAUUACACCAGACCAAUCAAUCUCACAGAAGUGACAACCCUGCGACAGCGCCUCCUCCAACCAGAUUUUCAGCCCAUUUGUGCUUCUCAACUUUACCCUCGUCAUAAGCACCUGCUCAUCAAACGUUCACUACGAUGCCGGAAAUGUGAACACAAUCUGAGUAAGCCAGAGUUCAAUCCUACAUCCAUCAAAUUCAAAAUUCAGCUGGUAGCUGUAAACUACAUCCCAGAAGUUAGAAUCAUGUCCAUUCCCAAUCUUCGCCACAUGAAGGAGAGUCAAGUUCUUCUAACUCUGACCAAUCCAGUAGAGAACCUUACACAUGUGACAUUGAAAGAAUGUGAGGAAGGUGAUCCUGAUAACAUCAAUAGUACAGCAAAGGUGGUGGUUCCCUCCAAGGAGCUAAUCCUAGCUGGCAAAGAUGCAGCUGCAGAAUACGAUGAACUUGCAGAACCUCAAGAUUUUCAGGAUGACCCUGACAUCAUAGCCUUCCGGAAGGCUAACAAAGUUGGGAUAUUCAUCAAGGUCACCCCACAGAAAGAGGAGGGGGAAGUUACUGUAAGUUUUAAGAUGAAACAUGAGUUCAAAAACCUUGCUGCUCCAAUCCGGCCCACAGAGGAAAGUGAUCAAAGUUGUGAGGUCAUCUGGCUUACUCACCACGUGGAGCUCAGUUUGGGCCCUCUGCUUCCAUGAAACUUAUCCAACACUUGAUCCUAAAUGAUGGUCACACACUACACCAUGUCACUAUUGUAAAAGAACACACCCUGAAAAAAUGUUGAAGGCACUGCAUCAUGUAGGCUCCUUUGGAUGUGAACACGAACGACAAAUUUCAGCUAAAAGAUGCAGAUAUGGAUUUGAAAGAGAAGAACUGCACUCCUGGGUGAUUUGUUCCUUUGCUUCCUUUCUGAAAUGUCUACUAUGUAAAUGGGUGGUUCGUCCACUGUGCCACAUGCUUGGUCAGCUUUAUCACACAAAGUUCACUGUGUGUAUUUGUGGCCAUCUUGUUUUACUACUUGAUAAAAUAAUUCAAAAUUUCUAGCAGAAAACUGUAUUGGUUUCCUUUGCCUCAGUUUAGCAUCAAAUUAAAUAAUGCCAAAAUCUCUUCUUUGUGGUAGGUUGUGUUCACAGUAAUAAUUAUUCCAAAGCUGCAGUACCACCUUCUAAUAAAGUGAUGUUUGGCAUCAGCAGCAUGAUGUGCUCUUGCUUCCAUCUUCUGCUGGGCAUAAUGUGUUAAUUGGCACCUAUUAACCUUUUACUCAUGUACCAAAUUUUGUUAUUUCAUGAAAUGUUCUCUUGUCUUACAUGUUUUAUUAAGGGACGUCAUUUAGAGGAAGGCAUUUAUGUGCCAUCCUAAUAUUUUGCAACUUUUGGCGGCAAAAUUUCUGCUACUUUUAGGUUGGAAAAUGCAGAUUUAAAAUGAAACAGGAUCCAGAGUGAUCUAUAAAUGAAAAAAUGCAGCUGUAAUGUACUUAGUGAAGCAGAGUUUGACUGGAAGAUUGGGAAGAGAGGCAUGUAUUAGUGUUUCUGUUAUAUUAUUUCUUUAGGAAUAAGAUAACCACCAAAGAUAUUUGAUCAUUUUUGUGGAUGAGAUCACCUUUCCAAUGUAUGCUUUGAAUGUAAGAUCUCUUGAAAAAGUAGCUACCAGAACCCACUGCAUUUCUUUUGCACUAAAUGUACUUAAAAAUUGGUUUCCAAACCAUAAUAAGCAUAAGUGAAUGGCUUUUUAAAGGCUGUGUUAGCACCAAGUUGAAUAAAUAGUUUUGCUCUGUUAAAUCCCAGAGCUAUAAUCUAAUUUCUGCUGAGUUCUCUAAACUCAGUAUUGCAGAGCAAACUACAAAUAUAAAUACUGUAUAUGUAAAUGCUCCAACAUAAGCUUCUGAACUUUUUUUCUGGAUUACAGAGAAGAAAUUCAGUGGAACUAAGUGACCUGAUUUUUCUCCUUAUCCUUUGAAUAAAGUUUUGAUUCAGUAUGGGGAGUCAUAGAGGUAUCAAGAUAACAUGGAUGCAGUCUUUUGGGAACUGAUAUACAGUACAAUGGGACUGCUUAUUUUGUGGCCCAAAACUGAGAGGGAAAAAAGAGAGCCUGUUUUCAAUUUGGCUAGAAAGGAAGAUGAGCUCAAAAUUGCUGGAAAGUGCUUUCCUUGUAGAUUGCAAGAUAUUCGAGGGUGUUUAGAUAGUUGUCAUUUGCUUGGCAGUGUCUGGAUGAAGGUUAUGCCUUAUUUUCCAGUUUGUGCAGUGAGUGUGAAAAAUGAAAGAAGAAAAAGAGUUUGAUGUUCACAGGCUUACAUAGACUAUACACAAUGUAAAGCAUGAGUUCAAGAAAUGUAGCCAGUGUUUAUUAAAUCUGUAGUGUUUACUGUCUCCUGCUCUCAGUUUAUGAAAUAACUUCAAAUAAUCCCCAGUUUAACCUCUCCCAAGCUAAUUCUUGGCUGAAUAAUAUUUUGGAGUUUAGCUAACAGAGUUCAGAUGACCUUGCACUGAAGCUUCUUAAAACGUAUAGAGAAGUUGGACAUACUUCAGAGGCUUUCCCCCCCUUUUAAUCUUUUAGCAUAUAGGAUUAACUGUUAGGAUGUAUUUUCAUAUAAUUCUGCAGAAACAUCUAUCUGGCUCCUCCUUGGAGGACACUGGAAGCAUUCUGCCUCUUGUCAAUAUUAACAGGAUGACUGUGUUGCCUUAUUGUUUAAUUUAAUGUAGUCAACUCGAAAUAAAGAAGCAGAUAAAGCUG